AUGAGUUUUCUUGAACAGCUAAAAGCGAGAAAACUGUUGUUGAAAUCGUCGGUGACCAAUAUAACGCAUGCGGACGGAUCACAAGAGCGAAUAUUGUUGUCCAAACCCGGAGAGACCCAGAAAAUGACGACAAAAACCUAUGGAUUUAUCGUCGACACGAAACCAGAUUUCGUGCCAGCGUGUAUAUUGGAGGAUUUUUUGUAUUUGGGUCCGCAAGAUGCAGUGAUGCGAGAGAAUGUUGACAAAUAUCAAUUGACCGACAUCCUAAGCGUUGGAAUCGAAACGUCUGCCUCAAACAUUGACGAUGAAAAUGAUCCAAUUGUUCAGACACAUUUUGUGGAGUGCUUAGAUUUGCCAGAAACCAAUUUAGCAACAACAGCAAAUCGAACAAGUCAAAUCAUAAAGUGUGUACACGAUAAAAAAGGGCGAAUUCUUGUUCAUUGUAAUGCCGGCGUUAGUCGGUCAUCCGCCGUUUGCAUUGCCUAUUUAAUGUCCGAUCAUAAAAUGAAUUUCGAGACAGCAUUUGCUCUGGUGAAAUCCAAACGAGAGUGUAUUCGACCAAAUGAUGGAUUCUUGAAGCAAUUGAAACAAAUGGACCGAAACAAUAGUUGA